GAAAAGAUAAAAAAAAAAGAAGUAUCGUUCAUUGUCCUUGCUUUCAUUAUUUCCAUGUUGUGCUGAUGGUAGAAGGUGAUCUAACGUUAUUGCGCUGCAUCUACAUAACACGGAGCGCGUGCGUCUUCAAAUUUCUCUUAAUUACCUGAACGAUGCGAUGUUGUUGACACAUACUGUACAUGUUAUAGAUAUGUUCUUAGCAGUGAUUACCCAGAAUGCAUGCAUUUGCUAUCAGAGUGUUUAAUGAACUCUUACAGUGUUGAAUAAGGGCUUGAGUUUGGGUUUAGGGUUCUUUUGUGCCCAGUAGUUGAGUGUAGAGUUGCUGUAUAUAUGUUAUAGCUAGCUAUAGUUACUCAGAAUAAACUAUUCAGAAUGCUUGCACAGAGUUGUUAAAGUGUUUAAUUACAGUAUAAAGUGUGACAGAGUUUGAAUAAGGGUUAAAUUUGGGGUUAAAGUUGUUUUGAAGGAGCAUUUUGGUUUUUCGAUGGGCGCCAAUAAUAUGGGAAUUUGUUUAAUUCACACAACAUGGAUAUCAUUAAAAAAAAAAGUGAUUGAAAUGUGCAAAAAGAUUUUUUCUGUCUGUUUAACUCAGCUUUUCCAUUUGCAGAUUUCCUUGUUUCUAUCUUCUGAUUCUUUUUCUGGUAAAUAUACAUGAUGUGGUAAAGGGAAUCUUUAUCUCAUGUUAUAGGGUUCAGUAUUGUUUUUUUUUCCCACUUCCUCUGAGAGAACUUUUUUAUUUUCUGUAUUUAUUCAACUCCUGCUGUGUUGAAUAACAAUCUCUCCACUGCAUCAGAAUACGAUCUAAAGUGUUCGUGGUGUUGAAUUAACACCUCCGAGGUUGAAUCAGUGUUUAUAUCUGAUGAUUUAUGUCUACAGGAUUGAGUCAGAUGUGCGUUUUACAAGUCCAGCUGGACACCAGGGAGUUUUUGCCUCUGUGUGGUCAUGUUCGGCGCUUUUGGCUUCCUAAUCCCUAUAAAGCACGCUUGUCUUUUCCACUUGCUGCUGAAGUUUCUAGGAAGUUUUAAGUCCAGUUGCGAAAUAGGCGUUAAGUGUGGAACAAAUUUGUUGGCAGGAGGUGUUCUUUUAAACUCCCCCAUCCUUACACACUUUCAUCUUACACCAUGGAUCAAAGUUUGAGACAAAAUAUUAAGAAUUACGCUACAGGUUUGCAACAUCUGAAAACAUUUCUGAUUUCAUAAUCUCACUGAGAUUAGUCAAAUGGAUUUGAAAACCUGUCGACAAACUGACCUUACUGAAAUUUUCAAGAUAGCCUAUGCUAGCUUAUGGUGAGUUCGUAAUUACAGUAAUUUUAUUUAUAUCGUAUCAUCCGUAUGAGCGAAGUGCUCCUGAAGAGGUCACAUUGUGAAGUUUCUUUCAUUCUCUUUAUAAAAGAAAAGCCAUUGCACUAUUCCAGACUUUUUCCAGCCUCUACCUGUGACACCUUUAUUACUGUAGUAAACUGUAGUUACUUCUCGCUUUCUGUGUGUGAACUAUUUUCUAGAUAUUAGGCUCAUUUUAAUAACCCUAUAAUAUUCUAAAAUGCUUUUAAAAUGUUUGCGUGUCUGGUUCACGCAUGUUUGCAGCAUUAGGCGAAUCUGGAAUUUGUGAGGUGUUGGCUGUCUCUUAUCUCACACUCUUUAGGUGCGAAGUGGAAAAUUUUUUGAGUUUGAUGUCCAUGGGUGUUUCCCAAACUGACACGAGUUAAACAAACUGUCAGCACUGACACAGGCUUCCUGAUUUAAGGGCUGGAGGGGUGAGCAGCCAGGGGCCAGCCGAGAGAACGAGCGAGAGGGAGGAGGGGAACAAGAGAAACCUUCCAUAAACUCCUCCUCGGACUCUUCAGGAAGGGCAACAGGUUAUCAUGUUUCGGCUCUUUGUUUUUCCACCAAACGUUCACGUCCAUCCAGUCCUUCACGCCAUUUUUAGUCUUAAAAUCAACUCCAUGCCUACAUAACGAGGUUGGAGAUGGUAGACAAGAUGGAGUAGAAUCUCCUUACCAUGUCUUGUGUUCCUUUCUCCAGUGGUGGAUCCAUCAGUUUUAUGGACUUGCUUUUUUUUUUUCUUGAGAUCUGCUUCUGUGAUGGACCUUCUAUGGUGCGGGGCAUUUUAAACCUGAAAAAUCCUCACCAGAGGUCAAGUGCAGAUGCCUGGUCUGGAAAGCCUUUCUUGCAAUGCAGAAAGAAAACAACAGCAAAUAAGUCACUGCCAUUCGAGCUUCCUGUUGUGACCCGCAGCACACCCAAGGAAAUCCCAAUAUAGAUAUGGAAAGACUUCCACAUCGCUGUUCUGCAACUUCGAGACAAUAACAGAAUUACCUGAAACUUUUCCCCUGGUUUUCAUCAUUUCCUCACCUUUUAGGAUUCUAUAUUGAGAAGAGAGUCGUCAUUGUAUUAGCAUGACGAACAGCACCGAGAGGGGAUUUCUGCUGUUAGUUUAUUCGUUAAGGUGCAAUUUCAGUGUGUUUCGGUGAGCUUUUUAUUAUGAAAAUCAGAUUAUUUAACAUGAGAAAUAUACUGAAAUGGUGAUUACUGGUACUCUGUACCCUGUACAUGGUUCCAUCUCGGUGGACUGAAAGGAGUUUCUGUUUCAGGGGCCAAUCAAAAAUGGGAGGAACCUAAAGCCUAUUGGCAGCAGGGACGGGUCUGUAAUCUGUUUUUGCUAUUAAUGUCUGUACUGUUAAACAUACAGUAUACAAGCAUCAAAGCAAUAUUUUAUAUAGUGUCACUGAACAGAAAAUAUAAAAAGACAGAAAGUCGAAAAAGUUUCAUUCUUUUACCUCAUACAGCCAUAACAUUCCAACAAAUAUGUCCAUGGCACCUACAGAUGUAUGUAUUAAGUGGCCGGAACAAACGUUUUUAAAUAGGAUGAUUAGCUUAAAUUGUAGCCUUGUAGCGUUUUGUUUUUUUUUCUGUCGCUAAAUUUUAACACAUGAUCCUGUUCCUCUACUUCGUACAUUGUUCAGACGUGAAACAAGUUCAGAGACGGUUAACCGUUUAAAAACUCUCUUCACUGUGACAACCGUCGCUGCUUCACCGCUUUAUUUCCAUAUAUUUCCAGAUACAAUAUUAGCUGCUAACAAACUGAUAUAAAAAUGAAAAGAUAAUACAGGAUAUACUUCAUUUUUAUUCCAUAUUUUAUUUGCCUUUAAGUAAACGAAUACUAAAUUCUGAUUUUCUAUUGAACACGUGUUAAACUUGUUAAAAGUUUAUGCUAUAGCACGUGCAGGCAAUCACAUAUCUGUUAUAUAAGGAAUAAAGCACUCUGUGUCGUGUUGUUAUAGGGUGGCGUGAUGAAGCAGAGUUACUGUUAACACCCCGAAGUUGAUUAUUUUCCAAUAACAGAACGUCCUGAAGUCUUUUAUCUGUUUAUAGUUAGUGUUGUGGACCGGCAGCUAUAGACAGCCAUUCCCUCACCAGCCUCUCUUUUUUCUCCCUCUCGAAGUUAAUAAAUGCAACUCGUCACAUUGCCAAGGAAUCCCAAAGCACAAAGUACAAGUCCCUGUGUUAGCUGUUGCUAUAGAAACGAUAACGUAGAGCUGUAGCCCAGACCUUCAUUGUCAAGUCCAAGACCAGGACUAGCCAUCAAAUCCUUUUCGAGCCCAAGACUUUACUUCAACUAGUUGUCUUCACUCCUGCACAGGCUGUUUUCUAGAAGAAAGAAUUACUUCUUGUUAAACUUUGUGCAUGCUAAAAGAAAAAACAACAUAAACAUUAUUUUUUACAAACUCACGGUUGAGAACAACUCCAUACUGAGUGAGUCCAAUGACCAAGUCCGAGACAAGUCCAAGUCAGUACAGAAGAUGUGUGGAGACUGCACUCGAGUUCUACAGCCUUACGGACCGUUGUGUUAAUUCAUGAGAAGAACCAUGUUUGGAUACUGGAUAACCUCGUUGUUGUUCCUGUCCACAUUAUGUGAGUUGUUCACGGUGGCCCGCUCGUCCAAGAAUGACACGCAGCAGAAAUCCAGGAACGGCACUCACGACAUCGACGGCUCUCGCAACAAGAUUGUGAUGGCCCAGUUUGAGUGCUACCAAAAGAUCACAAAGGACAACAAUCACCAUCGAAUAGCUGGGCUGAUGUGUAACCGCACAUGGGACGGCUGGUUGUGUUGGGACGACGUGGAGGCUGGAAGCACCGCAACACAGCACUGUCCUGAUUACUACACGGACUUUGACACUUCAGAGAUGGCCACGAAAAUCUGCACCGAAUCUGGCAAGUGGUUUGUCCACCCUGACAGCAACAGAACCUGGACCAAUUACACGACCUGUAAACAAUUCACUGCUGAGCGCCAGCAGGCAGCGAUUAACCUCUACUACUUGGUCCUGAUCGGUCAUGGAUUGUCGCUGAUCUCUUUACUUGCUUCUUUGGGAAUAUUCUUCCAUUUCAAGAGCCUAAGUUGCCAGAGGAUUACGCUUCAUAAAAACCUUUUCUUCUCCUUUGUCCUGAAUUCAGUCAUAACCAUUUUCUGGUUCACGGCUAUUGUUAACAACGAGGAGUUAGUGCAGUCCAACCCGGUGAGCUGUAAGGUGUGCAUGUUUAUCCACCUGUACAUUCUGGGCUGUAUGUACUUUUGGAUGCUGUGUGAGGGAAUUUAUCUCCACACACUCAUCGUCGUUGCUGUGUUUGCCGAGAAGCAACGCCUCAUGUGGUAUUAUCUACUGGGUUGGGGAUUUCCUAUUAUCCCAGCUGUAAUACAUGCUAUAGCCAGAAGCUAUUACUACAAUGACAAUUGUUGGAUCAGUUCCAAUACGUCUCUGCUUUAUAUUAUCCACGGGCCCAUUUGUGCCGCUUUACUGGUGAACCUGUUCUUCCUCUUGAACAUUGUGCGGGUAUUGAUCACCAAGCUUAAAGUGACCCACCAGGCCGAGACCAGCCUCUACAUGAAGGCUGUGAGAGCCACCCUGAUCCUCGUGCCCCUCCUGGGCAUCCAGAUCGUCCUGCUGUCCUACAAACCCGAGAGCCGCCGCUCCCUCGAGAUCUAUGCGUACAUGAUGGCCAUUAUGAUCCAUUACCAGGGUCUGCUGGUGGCCACAAUCUUCUGCUUCUUCAAUGGAGAGGUCCAGGGUGUGUUACGGCGCCACUGGAAUCAGUACCGCAUCCAGUUUGGCAGCACGUUCACCAACACGGAGGCGUUGCGCUCGACGUCCUUCACCACCUCCUCCAUGACCGAGGUGCACCGCUGCUACAGCAUCGACAGCCACAUGGACACGCUGAACGGCAAGAGCUUCCACAACAUGGAGGCCACCAUCCUCCGCUCAGAUAACAUCUACAUGUGAGGAUCGUUGUCUUUACACACUCAAAGACAACAAACAGAGACAGCCGCGAGCCUCCAGCCGCCUUCAAUCAACCCCAUUGGGGACUAUCAAAAAAUACUUUGGCACUGAAAUCGCCUUUCGCUACAAAGCCAGAUAACAUCUUCCGUGAUUUCUUAAUGAGAAUGAGAUUCUUAGUGUGAGCUGAGAACUGAGAGAGAACACAGAGGGAGGCUAGAACCCACAUGACUAAUGAACAUGUACGCUGAUGAAAGCGCCGCCCGUUGGCCGUGCUUAAACAUCUUAAACAGGACGGCAUGUGGGAUUAGCAACGCACAAGAGACUUUACAAGAGAUCUGGAUUACAUUCCCUCUGGCUUGGAAAGGACGUUCUGUGAGAUUUGGUUUCUCUGUGAGUUUCUAUACUGGGUGUAUUGAUUGUGAAACUCCAUCUGUUCUUUGUUGUGUUUCUGCACUUGAUGGUUUGAAAGGUUUCUGGAAUAGGGGACUUCACGAACAGACGAACCCAGACCACAGUAAGGAGAAGCGCAAAGCCUAUAUGCCAUUAUUUAUGGAAAAGCAUUUAUGUCUUAAAUUCUUUAUGCUAAUAGCUUGGGGAAUUCGACUCCUCGUGUGUUUAGAAGUUUUUAACUGUGUUAGUCAUGAACAUGGAUAAUACUGACAAUAUAUAUAUAUAUAUAUAUAUGUAUGAGCCUUAUUGUACUGUAUUAAAUCCAUUUAAUACAGUUUACUGGUUAUCAAAGCUUGUUAAAUUGCGUACUCUAAAGGGAAAAGUUUUUUUCUUGUUUUUCUUCCAUUUCACUACUUACAGUCAGCAUAGACACGUUUACAGUUCCCUACGUUUUCUAAAAAUAAAUAAAUGAAUAAGCACAGGAGGCCUUAUACAGCAUGUCUUUAUGUCUGGAACAUAUAGGUGCGUUUAAUAUUCUUGCAUUUUACUUAUUCUUAGGGCAUUUCAACUUCAUAUGCUGGAAAAAAAAAAACUGCUCACACUUGGAAAAUGUAAAUAGACUUCUCAAAAUAGUGUGUAAUGGAUGUCCAUGUGAGUGUGUACUUUGUGUAUAUUUAUAAAAGCAUAACAUGCUCACAAUCAGUAUACAACAAUUACGAGCCAUAUUGACAUCUUUUGUAUAUGUAUUAAUUAUUAUCUAUUAAUGGGCCAAAAAUCCUUAAUACAUUUUGAAAUGUUCAUCUUCAUCACUUUGCAUAUAAUUAGGGUUUACAGAUGUGGGAAAUGUUGGUUGGGUGUGCGAGACGGGAAAUUUCAGAAUUCAGUUUUUGUUUUCUCGCAUGUUAAGCUGCAUGUUGGAAACACUGUGUCGGUGUUGCAGGUUUCUUAUAAGUUAUUUGUAUUCCAAGGAUAAUAUUUUGUAGGUUGUAAUCAUAAUACAACUGGAGUCUUCUUCAGUAUUUUUUUUUUUUUUGCUUUCACAUCAUAGUGUACUUGUUCUUAAAAAUACAAAUGCAACCAUAUAAAAUCGUUUACUGAACCAGCAGACUGGGUAAAGUGUAGUCUCUUUCAGUUGGUAAAAAUUGUUUGUGGUGUUUUCCAUCUGAUUCCUGAUUCCAGAAACAAUUCUAGAACUGGGAACAUUCCAGAAACAAAAGGGUUCAUAAACCAGGAAGAUUCCAGAAACAAGAGUGUUCCAGAACCAGGAAUAUUCCAGAAACAAGAGGGUUCCAGAACCAGGAAUAUUCCAGAAACAAGAGGGUUCCAGAACCAGGAAUAUUCCAGAAACAAGAGGGUUCAAGAAGCAGGAAUAUUCCAGAAACAAGAGGGUUCAAGAAGCAGGAAUAUUCCAGAAACAAGAGGGUUCCAGAACCAGGAAUAUUCCAGAAACAAGAGGGUUCCAGAACCAGGAAUAUUCCAGAAACAAGAGUGUUCCAGAACCAGGAAUAUUCCAGAAACAAGAGGGUUCAAGAAGCAGGAAUAUUCCAGAAACAAGAGGGUUCCAGAACCAGGAAUAUUCCAGAAACAAGAGGGUUCAAGAAGCAGGAAUAUUCCAGAAACAAGAGGGUUCCAGAACCAGGAAUAUUCCAGAAACAAGAGGGUUCCAGAACCAGGAAUAUUCCAGAAACAAGAGGGUUCCAGAACCUGGAACAUUCCAGAAACAAGAGGGUUCUGGAACCUGGAACAUUCCAGAAUAAAAAGAUAGUUUAAAAACUGGGAACAUCCCAGAAUAAAAAGAGAGUUACAGAACCAGGAACAUUUUGGAAACUAGAGUGUAACAGAACUGGACACAUUCCAGUACCAAAAGCAUUAGAGAACCAUGCGCAGUACGAAGAACGUUACAGAACUGAGAACAUUCCACAAACAAGAGGAUUCCAGAGGUUCAAGAGGUUUUUUUAUGUCCAUCACCUGACAUUUCAACAGCUGUCUGUCUCUUUUGUACUGAAAGCUCUUUGUUUUUUCCCAUGCUGAUGGAUGACAGAGAGAGGAAUGACAUCUGUAUAACAUAUUUGCUCAAAAGCCACAAAUGAGACUCGGAGCAUCUAAAAAAGCAAGACAGAACUCUUUACAAGUGUCAAUUAAUUAAUUUCUUAUGAGAAUAAUUGUUUGUUUGAGGGAAGGUGGCUAGUUGCGAAAUUUUACGCAAUCCUUUCUGUACACUCUUAAGGAGUGCCAGUAUUUCUGACUGUAUGACUGUUCCACCUCCAGGAGAUCCAGGAGGAUCUUCUCUUCUGGAUUGUGCUUCGUCCAUGCUGCCAGGUUGCUAAAGAUACUGUUGAAGGUCACAACACUAAGUGAUAUGUGACUGCCGGUGGUAGCUUUAGUCCAACAGGAUGCGUCGCUUCCUCACACACACAUACACAUACACACACACACACACACACACACACACAAAUGCAAGAAUACACAUGAUGGAAAAACGGAGAGGCAGGAGUAAACAGCGCACAGCUGACAUGUGUUUCUGCCUGUGGGAACAGCACAGGAAGGAGCCUCGGAUUUGGUGCUGCCACACACUCUUGCUGACACCAGAAUUCAGUCCUGUGUGUGUGUGUCUGUGUGUGGUUGUACAUCUAGGCAUUUGCCUUUGUUUGUUUGCAAAUAUUUUUGUUAAAAUUGUAGAAAUUGAAAUCAAUUUCAGAGCUCACAGCAAGCCGAGCAUCUGGUUGUUGUGAUGCUCCACAUUGGUUCCAUAUGCGCUAAUGAAAAAGCCACAGCGAAAGACUCGCUCCCUCCCUUUUCACCAGCUUCGCUCGCCGCCAGAUGAGUUACACAUGGGAGGAAAAUGGAAAACUGGGCACCGAGAACCUCAGAUCUCCUUUUAUGUCAGAAUCUUGCUUUUGAAACAAACAGCUCGGGACAUGUGUAAUUAAUCUUCCAGGUCAUGGUGAGGAAAAAAAAUUAAUGACAUUUAAUGACACUGAUGUUCUCUUACUUAGAAGCAAAUCACAAACAUGUUGCUUACGGCCUGUUCGGCAUCAACGCAGCGUUGCACAAUUCCGCUCUUUUCUUUAAUCACAUCAGGCCGUUUUUCUCUUCGCUUGAACUAUCGCCCCCUUGCAGGUUGUUAAACAGGGUUUCCAGCAUGAUUUGAGAAAGUUUAAAAGGUUUAAAAGGCAGAAGGUAUCACCUUGACUCGUAGUCGCCUCUCAUGUCAUCCUGCGGACGCAUCAGGAUCCCGUACAGGAUGCGACACAUGCAUUCCACAGCGAAUACCCAGAAUUUACAGAGGUGA